AACCAUCGCAUUCAGGUGUUUGACCUCGACUUGAACUUUGUCCGAUCCAUUGGCUCACGUGGCAAAGGAAGAGGUGAAUUCGAUGCACCAUAUGAUGUCAAAUUUGACACUGCCGGGAACAUGUAUGUAGCUGAGUUUGGUAAUGAGAGAGUGCAAGUAAUGGACACCAGUGGCCAUUUCAUACGAGUAUUUUUUCAGAAAGGAGAGGGAAAACUGCGUUGGCCAUCAGGUCUUCAUGUUGCUGACAAGUAUGUGUAUGUGUCUGAUUUGAGUGGUAAUUGUAUUGUAGUGUAUGAGACCUCAGGUCAGUCUGGUCAGAAAGAGGGAGAGUUUCGUGGUCCACGCUGUAUCACCUCUUGUGUUGAUGGUUUUAUACAUGUAUGUGACUAUCGUAACAACAGAGUUCAGAUAUUCUAGAACACCCAAUGCUACUGCCAUCCAUACAUUUAUCAUAGCAGUCAAUCUCUAGACCACACCCCUUUUCCUACCACUUGUUGCUCUCCUUAACAAGUCUUCAGACACAUUAUAUA